UUCAUACGGAGGAACAAACAGAGAAAUGGGUUCCUCAAGAUUGCUAAUUUUCUUCGUUCUUCCUAUACUCUUGGUCUUGGCCCCUCUUGCUCCUACCAUAGUGGGCCACCAUACCAGGGGCGCUUGCAGGGAAAAAGCAGACUACUGCUGGAGCUGCGUCGACAAUGACGACAUGCAGACUUUUAACAACGCCUCCAACAAUGGCGGCAUCUACAGACAAAACCUCAACACCCUCCUCUCCUCCCAAAAUCAAUCCCAUAUUUUACAGUUCUUCUCUGGGACAAGCCCCGGACACAGUGAACGCAAUUGCCGUAUGCAGAGGGGACGUUGCACCCGAAGAUUGCCGCAUCUGUUUCAAAAACUCUGUUCCCAUUCUCCUGCAGUAUUGUGCUGAUCAGAAGAAAGGAAUCAUAUGGGCAGAGCGCUGUACGGUUCGAUUCUCGAACAUCUCGAUUUCCGGUGUGCUUAAAGAUGAGCCUGUUAAGUUUGUGGAUAGCCCAAAUGAAAUAUCAAACGCUGAAGAGUACAAGCAGGUGCGCGAUCCCUUAUUUGAAAAUUUAAGUGAGAAAGCUGCAGCAGGGGACUCUGAUUUAAAAUUUGCAGCAGGGAAUGCGUCGGUGCCUGUAACAAAUGAAACAAUAUAUGCAACUGUCCAGUGCAGCCCUGAUUUGGACAAACAAAACUGCAGGGAUUGCCUUAAAGAGUCCAUCUCAGAAAUUCCAGAGUGUUGUGGUAGAAAGGGUGGAGGAAGAGUUCUUAGACCCAGCUGUUAUUUGAGGUUUGAGUCCAAUCCUUUCCUUGAGAGUCUGGAGCAGAUACCCUAAUAAACCUUCCAAGGAAAUAAUAUGAGGGGAAAUAAUACGAGUAACAUUACAAUAAAAGUGUCGCCACCGUCGUACUUACGAUUGGGAUUGUCAUUAUGCUUAUUAAUAUUAUCAGCAUUUGCAUUCUUGUGAGAGAGUCUGGAAGCGAAGAAGGGCAACAAAGUUUAUUCAAUUUUGUUUUAUUACAAUUUGGAAUUUAACAAGGGCACUCUUCGUUUGUUAGUGCUUGAAUUUGUCAAGACCCAUGUAAUAGGGAUUACUCCCUUUUUUCUAAUAAUAAAAAUAAGGAUUAUUCUA